CACAACAGAAGCGCACACACACACACUCGCUGCCCUGCUGGUCACUGAGGGAAAAUUCUCACUGAGGUUUUCCUAUCGUUUAUAAAAUACAAAGCAGACGUCUUCAAUACACCGUGACUGUAAUUCCCUGUAAUAAUGAAAAAUUUAAUCCCACUGAAGAGAAUUUCUGUUCCGUUAUAAAUUUUUUGGGGAUAAUUAAGUUUUGAUGGUAAAUUAUACAUAACUCAUCUGACCUUAGAAACCAACGAUAAAAAAAUAAUCUCAGUGUUGUGUUUAAAUCCGAAAUUCACAAAAAUAAUGAAGAUUGAUUACGCUAUAUGAAAAGGAAAGACAAAAAGAACUGGAUUUGUAUGUAAUGAAAAGAACCAUAUAUAUGUGGUCUGUUAGCAGGAUGGGAAGGAGGCUGUGGUUGUGGUGUGCAGGAGGUAAGGUGAUGCCGUUCCUUCUCCUACUCCUCCUCCUCCAGGCCCCCAGUUCCACCACCUUCAAGUUCAAGGUCGGCCAAUGUCGCGCUUUCCCUGUCGUCAGUAACUUCAGACCAGAUCAGUUCGCUGGGGUGUGGUAUGUGGUUCAGAUGACCAACACUGCUGCUAGCUGUUACUCCCUCACCUUCACACAAGGCCCAGGUGACGGUAUCUCCUCUGUUGACUUCAGGAAGCAGAUAUGGGGUCUAAACGCGGCCGGGAUUCACAACACUGUCACCUUCACAGCCCCGACCCACAGCAUCGACCACGGCGGGGCUCAUAUGGCCAUGGCCCUCCCUACUGAGGCGUGGGGGUGGGUGGGCGUGCAGGUGGUGGACACGGACUACCAGGAGUGGGCGGCGCUGUGGGCGUGCAAGAAGACACUGUUUGGUCACCUGGAGGCGGCCAUCAUCCUCAGCCGCGACACCUUCCUCCCUCCACAGAGGUUGUGGGAGGUGAGGGUGAUGAUGGCUGGAGCUGGGAGUGACCUAGAGGACCUGUCGACCAUCCAACAUACACAUUGUCUCACUACCCAAGGAGGGAGGAAGAUGACUAUAGAGUUCGAUCCUAAUCUGGACAAGCCAAACGUCCACUUCCAAUCGUUGUUUACCUCCAGUGGGGCCGUCGACAGUGGUGACAUAAACAACAACAGUACAGAAGUAGGCGGUACACGGAGACCUAGACCUUGUGUGGAUGAACUGGACGACUACUACUACUACUACGAAGACUGUCCUGAUGACGUGAGUAACCCCAUAUACACCACCCUGGAGGAGUUCGAAAAUGACAACAACAGUGACGACUCAUCUACCACCGACGACAACAACAGCGGUACCUCAGCGGGCGACGGAGGCAGCGACCCUUGUUAUACUGUAGAGGACGAUUACUGGGAGUACAAGACUGACUGUCCAACUGAUGCUGAGUACAUACUAUCUCUUGACGAAUAUGAUGAACUCUAUCCUGAUGACGAAGGAGAAGGAGGAGACGAUGAAGAAGAAGGAAAAGGAGAAGAAGAAAAAGAUAAUGAUACCUCCAAGUUCGACGGCCGUUCCUGUGUAGUUGACGACGGGGAGGAAUACAUUCUGUACGAUGAGUGUCCCGAAGACGUGAACACAGCCCAGCUACCCGAGGACUUCUACUCAGACACCGACUUCACCGACACUCCCUGCUACAUCUACGAGGAGGGAGAAUACCUGUACUAUGACACCUGCCCUGAUGACGCCUCAGCACCCAUACCUGUCGAGUUCUUUGACGACUACGGCGAGACGCGGAGGUCGUUAAUUACUACACAGGUAGGUAGAGGGGUGAGAAAAGUUGAUAAAGAUAGUGAUAAGAAGAAAGAACGAGAAGAGAAAAGAGAAGGAACAUCAAAAGAGAAAGAAUUUAAGAAAGAGAAUAAGGGGAAUGAAAGAGAUGGAAAUAUGAUAAACAAAAAAGAUAGCAAAGGUACAAAGAAUAAUAAUAAGAAAGUAAGAGAAAGAAAGAUGAGGGAAAAUGCCAAAGAAAAUGGAAUUAGAGAAACAAAGGAUAAAAAAGAGAAACACGGGGAAACAAAACACAAAAACGACAUAAUUAAUGAAAACAUCUUAGGACGUACUCAUGACCGUCAAGAGUCCAGGGACGUACUCAUGACCGUCAAGAGUCUUAGACGUACCAUGACCGUCAAGAGUCCUGUUCAGAGUCUUAGACCGUACUCGUGA